AGAAUGUUCAGAUGUUCUGUAUAAGAAGACAACACAUUUAUUCAUAUCAGAGACACUGGCUUCUUGAGCAUUCUGAGCCGCUUAAUGACCACGACUGAACUUUUCAUGUCAUUCAAUAUAAUAAACAAAUGGGGAAUUUGACUUUCCAUCAAGGUUUGUGGAAAUUAAAUUAUGCUCUGUGCGCCCUACUGUUGUUUGCCUGCAUAAGACAUUCUGUAAAUGGGCAAAGCAGAAAGAAGAAUGCAAAUAAUGGUGUAAGGGGCCUUUCAGCUGAAGAUCAAGAGUGCUUUCUCGAUGUCAUGUUUAUUGUCGAUGGGUCAGAGAGUACAAAAGGACAUCUUUUUAAACAGCAAAAAGAUUUUGUUCUGAAUUUCACUGAUCAGAUUUCCCAUCUAAAACUUGCCAAGCCAUGGAAAACCAAGACAAAGAUGGCAAUCAUACAGUUUAGCAGCUCGGUCAGAAUUGAACAAUCAUUCAAUGAAUGGACAGGUGUGGAGAAUUUUAAGAGAAUUGUCAACUCUAUGACCUACAUUGGACAAGGCACUUAUACUUACUACGCUAUAAUGAAUGCAACUAAUAUAUUUAAAGCUCAUAAAAGUGCAGGCAAUGUAAAAGUGGCCAUACUAAUGACAGAUGGCAUCGACCAUCCAAAAAGUCCUGAUGCAAGACAGGCUUCGGAUUUUGCCAGAGCUGCUGGAAUAAACUUCAUCUCCAUUGGCCUUUCUACUCAAAAGGCAAAUAAAACAAUUCUUUUCAAGAUAUCUGGGCAAUCACUCAGCGAACCAGUUCUCAUUCUGGGUGAUCCAAAUCUGUUGCAGGAAAUACUAGAAAAACUGGCCAGCAUUGCAAACACCCAGUGUGACAAAGGCACAUGCAUUUGUGAGAAGGGAGAAGCGGGACCUGCUGGGCCUCAGGGCAACAGUGGAGAGAGAGGUGAAAAAGGAGACAGAGGCGCAAAAGGAGAACCAGGAGAGUCUGCUAAGGGAGAUCCAGGAAUGAAAGGAGAAGAGGGCCCACCUGGGACUGAGGGGCCAAAGGGUGACAGAGGAGAAUGCGGGAAACCUGGGGUAAAAGGUGACAGGGGGCCAGGAGGUCCGCCUGGACAGAUAGGUCCUAGAGGAUAUCAGGGUAUCUCAGGGCCACCAGGGCAGACUGGUCCGAGAGGAAAUCAAGGAGACAAGGGUGAACCUGGCCCUGAAGGUCCCAGGGGUCCCGAUGGAAUCCCUGGAGUUGGGCAUCAAGGAGCAAAGGGUGAGAAGGGAGAAGAAGGACGUAUAGGACCACCGGGACCUCCAGGCAUUGGGGAACCUGGUUCUCCUGGAAGUCCUGGCUCAGAAGGAAUGCCAGGGGAGAGAGGUCAGCCUGGAGAGGGUGUUGCUGGACAGAAGGGAGAAAAGGGAUCAGAAGGUCCCCAAGGACGUAGUGGCUUACCGGGAUUGUCCAUUAAAGGUGAUAAGGGAGACAUUGGGCCUCCAGGAACACCUGGUCAACUAGGACUUCCAGGCUCAGGCUCUCCAGGACCUCAGGGCUUACAAGGAAUAAGAGGGUUACCUGGUCCAAGGGGUCCUCAAGGUCUCUCGAUACCUGGUAUAAAGGGUGAAACAGGUGAGAAAGGAACCCCGGGCCCUGCAGGCCUGACCACACCUGGUUUUCCUGGACUUAAAGGGAAUCCAGGGCUUCCUGGACCUAAAGGAGACUCGGGAGAAAAAGGAAAUGAGGGGAAGGAGGGAAAAAAGGGCGAACAAGGGAUUUCUGGACCACAAGGGCCAGAGGGUCGACCUGGAAUUGGACUUGAGGGUCAGAAGGGUGAUCAAGGGGAGAAGGGAUCUGUUGGUUUAAUAGGUACAAGAGGAAUUCCUGGGCCUCCAGGUCCAAAGGGAGAACCAGGAAUAAAUGGAUUAAUAGGUCUACCUGGACCCUCUGUGGUUGGACCUCCUGGACUAAAGGGAGACAUAGGACCGCAAGGACCAGAGGGACCAGUAGGAGAUCCGGGCCAAUCAGUCAAAGGAGAAAAGGGUGAUGUUGGCUAUGUAGGACCACCAGGUAUAACUGGGCCCAAAGGAGAAGGCAGUCCAGGAAUCCCAGGUCCUCGUGGUAUUCCUGGUGCACAGGGAUUACCUGGUGAAAAAGGUACCGGAGACCCUGGGCAAAAGGGUGAGCCAGGAAUAAGAGGUCCUCAAGGACUUCCUGGACCAAGAGGAAUCGGAUCACCUGGAAGUAAGGGCACAAUGGGACAGAAAGGAAUACAAGGAACCCCAGGGCCAACUGGAUAUGGUGUUCCAGGACCAAAGGGAGAAUCUGGAUAUAAAGGAUCAAUAGGACCUAAAGGAUCAAUAGGACAUGGCGUUCCUGGCUCUAAGGGAAAUGAAGGUAUCAUGGGGGAGUCUGGAAUGAAAGGUACCAAAGGUGAAAUAGGUAACCCUGGCAGUGUUGGAAGAAUGGGACCUAAAGGGGAAAAGGGUGAACUUGGACUCACAAGAGAAGACAUAAUAAGGCUGAUAAUUGAAAUUUGUGGUUGUGGAAAAGAUUGCAAAGAUGUCCCGCUGGACCUCGUCUUUAUUAUUGACAGCUCUGAAAGCGUGGGACCAGAAAACUUUGAUAUCAUUAAACAAUUUGUGAACAGGGUCAUCGAUAAAAUAUCAACAGAUCAAUCAGCUUCUAAAGUAGGAAUAAUAAACUUCAGCCACAAAGUAGAGGUUGUUGCACACAUAGGUCAACUGUCCAACAAAGAGAACCUAAGGGAAGCCAUCAAUCGCAUGAAUUACUUGGGAGAAGGCACAUACACUGCGACCGCCAUCAAAAAAUCAACAGAAUUGUUUCAGCAGUCCAGAGGAGAUGUGAAAAAAAUCGCCAUUGUUAUCACAGAUGGGCAGGCUGAUGUCCGCGAUAAUUUAUCACUGGACCUUGUUGUGAGGGAAGCCCAUUCUGUAAAUGUUGAAAUGUAUGUAAUUGGGGUGGUCGAUACACAUGACCCUAACUAUAAUCUCUUCCGAAAUGAAAUGAACUUGAUCGCUUCUGACCCAGAUGAGGAGCAUGUGUUCCAGAUUGCUGACUUUUCAACCCUUUCAGAACUUGAAAACAAAUUAUUCCGAAAAAUUUGCACAAAAGAUAGUUACCCGUGGCUUGAAACCUUGUCAAGAAUAGAAAGUGCUGCAACCGUUCCUUCUGUUGUGGUUACAGAACCUUAUCAGACUGACAGAGAGCAAGAAGUUAUUCAUUACCCACAGAGUACACAGCCACCUGCACAAGAUCAAAAAGUAACAGUGUCCAUAAAGGAUAUUGCAGAACCCAGACCUACCCAGAAGCCAGGAGCUUUAGAAGUGGUGAAACCUGCCGGUGCACCUAGCACCCAAACAGUUGUGCAAGACAUCAGACAGGAGCAAGAUGCAAGGUGCCUAGAGGAUAUGACGCCGGGAACUUGCCGCGACUAUGUUGUCAAGUGGUAUUAUGACAAGAUUGCAGACUCCUGUGCCCGCUUCUGGUACGGUGGCUGUGAAGGAAACAGGAAUCGCUUUGACACAGAAAAGGACUGCCAGACUAUUUGUAUGACACUAUAAACUGUCUCUGUGUGUAACUGUUUAUACCUCAUAUAGAACACCUUUUUAAGAUACUGUAUGUACUGUAUAAGCUAAUUUAUGAAGGGAACCCCCCCCCCAAGACUUAAAGGAGAAGGAAAGUCAAA